GCAGCCCUGGGGAGGUCGGGGUCCUACCCCAGGAGGAGCCGCCGGCUAGAGCAGGCGACUGACUGAGCUGCGCUCCCGGGAAACGCGGCGGCGCAGCGAAGCUAGCGGGGCCUGGACUGACAGAUAAGUGGCGCAGCCGGGUCGGCGAGCGAGCGGACUGGCGAGUGCGGGGCGCAGUCAUGAUCACCUCAGCCGCUGGAAUUAUUUCUCUUCUGGAUGAAGAAGAACCACAGCUUAAGGAAUUUGCACUACACAAAUUGAAUGCAGUUGUCAAUGACUUCUGGGCAGAAAUUUCUGAGUCUGUAGACAAAAUAGAAGUUUUAUAUGAAGAUGAAGGUUUCCGGAGUCGGCAGUUUGCAGCCUUAGUGGCAUCUAAAGUAUUUUAUCACCUGGGAGCUUUUGAGGAGUCUCUGAAUUAUGCUCUUGGAGCAGGUGAUCUCUUCAAUGUCAAUGACAAUUCUGAGUAUGUGGAGACUAUUAUAGCAAAAUGCAUUGAUCACUAUACCAAGCAGUGUGUGGAAAAUGCAGAUUUGCCUGAAGGAGAAAAAAAACCGAUUGACCAGAGAUUGGAAGGCAUUGUGAAUAAAAUGUUCCAGCGAUGUCUAGAUGACCGCAAGUAUAAGCAGGCUAUCGGCAUCGCUUUGGAGACAAGAAGACUAGAUGUCUUUGAGAAGACCAUACUAGAAUCGAAUGAUGUCCCGGGAAUGCUAGCUUAUAGCCUCAAGCUCUGCAUGUCUUUAAUGCAGAAUAAACAGUUCCGGAAUAAAGUACUAAGAGUCCUAGUUAAAAUCUACAUGAACUUGGAGAAACCUGAUUUCAUCAAUGUUUGUCAGUGUUUAAUAUUCUUAGAUGAUCCUCAAGCUGUGAGUGACAUCUUAGAAAAACUGGUGAAGGAAGACAACCUCCUCAUGGCCUAUCAGAUCUUCUUUGAUUUGUAUGAAAGUGCCAGCCAACAGUUUCUCUCCUCUGUGACCCAGAAUCUUGGAACUGUGGGCACCCCCAUUGCCUCUGUGCCUGGCUCCACCAACACAGGCACUGUUCCAGGUUCUGAGAAAGACAGUGAGAUGAUGGAGACAGAAGACAAGACAGGCCGUACACUUGCUGGAAAGACACCAGAUGUGCAGAGUCCAGAGCCCAAGGACCAGACUUUGAAAAUGAUUAAAAUUUUAAGCGGUGAAAUGGCUAUUGAGUUACAUCUGCAAUUUCUAAUACGGAAUAAUAACACAGACCUCAUGAUUCUAAAAAACACAAAGGAUGCAGUACGAAAUUCAGUAUGCCACACAGCAACUGUCAUAGCAAACUCUUUCAUGCACUGUGGGACUACCAGUGACCAGUUUCUUAGAGAUAACUUGGAAUGGUUGGCCAGAGCCACUAACUGGGCUAAAUUUACUGCUACAGCCAGUUUGGGUGUAAUUCAUAAGGGUCACGAGAAGGAAGCAUUGCAGUUAAUGGCAACCUACCUUCCCAAAGACACGUCUCCAGGGUCAGCCUACCAGGAAGGUGGGGGGCUUUAUGCACUAGGGCUCAUCCAUGCCAAUCAUGGUGGUGACAUAAUCGAUUACCUGCUGAAUCAGCUCAAGAAUGCCAGCAAUGAUAUCGUUCGGCAUGGAGGCAGCCUGGGCCUUGGUUUGGCUGCCAUGGGAACUGCACGCCAGGAUGUUUAUGAUUUGCUAAAAACCAACCUUUACCAGGAUGAUGCUGUGACAGGAGAAGCAGCUGGCCUGGCCCUAGGUUUGGUUAUGUUGGGCUCUAAAAAUGCCCAGGACCCAAUUCUUCGAAGGUCUGGAAUGUAUACAGUGGCCAUGGCUUAUUGUGGCUCUGGUAACAACAAAGCUAUUCGACGCCUGCUACAUGUUGCUGUCAGCGAUGUUAAUGAUGAUGUUAGGAGGGCAGCAGUCGAAUCACUUGGCUUCAUUCUAUUCAGGACCCCUGAGCAGUGUCCCAGUGUGGUCUCUCUGCUGUCCGAGAGUUACAACCCCCAUGUGCGCUACGGAGCCGCGAUGGCCCUGGGCAUCUGCUGUGCUGGUACAGGAAACAAGGUGAAUCAGUUCCGACAGCUGUAUUCCAAAGUUAUCAAUGAUAAGCAUGAUGAUGUCAUGGCCAAGUUUGGCGCUAUUCUGGCCCAGGGCAUACUAGAUGCAGGUGGCCAUAAUGUUACAAUCUCCUUACAGUCCAGAACCGGGCACACACAUAUGCCUUCUGUGGUUGGCGUCCUUGUCUUUACCCAGUUCUGGUUCUGGUUUCCUCUCUCACACUUUCUGUCAUUGGCUUAUACCCCUACCUGUGUCAUCGGCCUGAACAAGGAUUUAAAGAUGCCGAAGGUGCAGUAUAAAUCAAACUGUAAACCAUCCACAUUUGCGUAUCCUGCACCUCUGGAAGUACCAAAAGAAAAAGAAAAGGAAAAGGUUUCUACUGCUGUGUUGUCUAUUACUGCCAAAGCCAAAAAGAAGGAAAAAGAAAAAGAAAAAAAGGAGGAAGAGAAAAUGGAAGUGGACGAAGCAGAGAAAAAAGAAGAAAAAGAGAAGAAAAAGGAACCUGAGCCAAAUUUCCAGCUGUUGGAUAACCCAGCCCGAGUUAUGCCUGCCCAGCUGAAGGUCCUUACCAUGACAGAGACCUGUAGAUACCAACCUUUCAAGCCACUGUCCAUCGGAGGCAUCAUCAUUCUGAAGGACACCAGCGAAGACAUUGAGGAACUGGUGGAACCUGUGGCGGCACAUGGCCCCAAAAUCGAGGAGGAAGAGCAAGAGCCAGAGCCCCCAGAGCCCUUUGAGUAUAUCGAUGACUAAGAGACCAGACGAGCUCUGGCCACUCAAAGCCCGGCCAGCUGUGGAGAGCGCGGCCAGCUGUGGAGAGCGCGCGGUGGGAGCCCUCGCAGGACCAGC